AGCACUAGUACUAUAGUCUUGCUGGUCGCAGUAUCCUUGUGCUGCCAUCUGGAUGCACUCUUUGGCCAGUUGUUUGCUUUCAGUGACAGAGGCCUGCUUCUUGCUUCCCCUGUUCAGCCUUGCUCUGUUUGCACACCUAGUCAGUAAUGGGAGGACAUGGAACCAAGCUGCUGGGUCAUCAGUGACAGUAAAGAGUGCUGGUGAGUGGUUGCACAGGCAGGCAUAGCCCAGUUGAUGAUAAUAAUUAGCAGUUGAAGUGUACGCUAUGGAUAGGCGCCAGUCUGCAUUGGUGUCUGCUGGUCCGGACACCACCAUACAUGUGCGAGUGUCGCAAGAAACUGAUCUGACUGGUGCUGAUCCCACCAGUCCCAAGGAGGAAGAUUGGGUUGUCCUGUCCACCACUACUACUACUACGCCGGCUCGUGGCAGGGGCCUCUCAGUCAAUGAAGAACAGGCCUACAAGGAUGCCAGGAGAAGGUCUAGGUCACACAAUCGUAGCAGAUCCACAUCUCCCGGCCAUCGGCAUCAACAGAAACAGCAGCAUGCCACAGAAGCAGAUGUGGAGGAUGCAAUCACCUCGCGGAAUUCAGAUGCAGACCGAGUACAGGCCAGUGUAUUCACUAAGUGGAUCAACGUACAGCUUGCAAAGGCCAAUCCACCUCGUCAGAUUGACGACAUCUUUGAAGGCCUGCAGAGCGGCGAGAAUCUGCUCAUCUUGCUCGAAGUCCUUACCCAGCAUCACUUUACUAUCGAACGUGGCUCGCUGCGCUUCAGUCAUAAUCUGAAUUGUGAGCAAGCCCUAGCCUACUUGGAUAAGCACGGCGUGCUGAAAUCUAAGAAUACCGGUGCGGCUAACAUUGUUGAUGGCGAUGCCAAGUUGACGCUUGGCCUAAUUUGGCAAAUUCUACUUCGAUACCAAAUUACAAGUCGAGAAAUGUCGCACAGCCACGAUUCCCAGAAGCUGAUAAUUGACUGGGUGAAGGCAUCUCUGGAAGCCGAGGGAAGUGGCAUCGAGGCCAACAACUUUGCGGCAGUGUCGUUUGAAAAUGGACUGGCGUUCAAUGCCAUUAUUGCUUGCCACAGACCCGAUCUUGUGAACAUGAGUGAAGUGAGAAAGAAGGCGCCUGUUGAGCGGCUACAGUUAGCCUUCACCACAGCCAAGGAAGAGCUGAACGUCGAGCCGCUCUUGUCACCAGAAGAUGUUGCUGACGGAAAAGCUAACGAUAAGUCCAUCAUGGUGUACACGGGAGAGCUGUACAACGUUCUGCCACAUGACAUGCCUACUGCUGCUACUUCCCCUACUUCCCCGACUUCCCCUGCUGCUGCCGCCACUGCGAUCGACACCACUGAUAAUCCCAUUGGCGAUGCAAUGUCCCAAAUGGAUGUUCUCAACGAGCAGUUGCUGGCUGCAGAGGUGAAAAUGAGCAAGCUCGUCAUUGCGGAUGACUUCCAUGCUGUUAAGCAACAGCUUGAUGACCAUCAGGACUUCAUGAAGCACCAGCUGGGCCGAGCAAAGGAGUCACAGCUUCAGGACCUGCAGACAAGAGUGCCGCCACUCAUCAUGAAGAUGCCGAAAAGCAAUCCGAACAAAAAGAAGUGUCACAAAGCACUCUCCGGUCUUGUGAUAAAAUGGAAUGAGGUGAGCGGCGCGGCCACUCAACUUCAGGCACAGCUGCUGAAGAAGCUGUCGGUGCUGCAGGACGCACGCCUCAAGACUGUGGAGGACUGGCUGGAUCACCUGGAGGAGGUGCAGGCGCACGAUAACACCCUCCGGCCGGAGGUGUUGAAGGAACGUGAACGUGAGCUAGUUGUGUAUCAAGAGGUCUUGGUGGAAGUGGUGGUUGUCGACAGCAGCAGUGAAGGAAAGGCGAAAAUGGAUGAUCGCCUGGCCGGCAUUCGUCAGCGCUGGGAGGUGGUGAACCGCUUUGUUGUGCUGCGCCUGCUGCAAGUGUUCCAAGAUCGCAUGCAGAAGGCCGUCUCUGAUCCGAAGCCUGACAUCAAGGAGCUGAAGAGUGUUCAAGAGGCUGUGCCCGAUCAUGACAAGCAGCGCAUUCAGCUUCAGGAGAGCAUUGACAAGCUGAAGUCAGAGCCGACCAGUCGCCAUGACCACUACUUGGACGACGUCGACACAGAAGUCAAGGCAAUGUCAGCGGCUUGGUCCGGACUCACGAAAGAGAUUGACGACAAGGUUAACGCCAUUGAGGAAGAUCAAGAACGGGCAAAGGAGUGGCGUGAGAGAGCUGCCAAGCUCAACGCAUUCCUGGAUGACACCAAUUCUGGUGUUCUACACCAGUCACUGCCAGUUCAUGACCUGGACGCCAUUGUCGAGCUACACACUGGACAUGAGAGUCUUCUGAAGGACCUCGAUCAAAAGCUUAUUUCUGUCAAGGAUUUUGAUCGCUCACGCAAGUACGUUGACCCCGAGCUGGAUGCCGAGAUGAAGGACUUGUUUGCAUCACUGGAGGAGAAGUGGACAUCAACGCGUGAUGUUGCCACUGAGCGUACCAAAGCACUGUCUCAGUCUCAGGAUGACCUUCAGGAUUUCAAGAACCAAGUUGAGGACAUUGCGUCGUUUCUGAAUGAAAUCGACUCCCUGUUCUUGAAGCCGUUUGAGGAGCUGUCGCGCGACGAGCAGGUAGCUCUGAUGGAGCAGCUGAGCGCCGCCAAGGACAAGUAUGACACACGCAAACCCGACAUGGUCAAGAUCCAAUCUACCAGUGAUGAUCUGGUAAAGAGAGCCCGUGCCCGAUCGUUUGACCCGUCUGACUUGGAGUCGGAGGUGCAGACACUUGUUGAGCGCUGGGACGAUGCAGAGGUCUUGCUGGAUCAGCGCCUGGCUGCCCAUCACUUGAACUUUCCUGACUGGGUGGCUGAGCUAGAGGCGAAGCGGAAGGAGAUUCCCACCUCCAAGUCCAUUCCGGAUGCUCUGCUCCUCGUAGAGGGUGUAGAUGAGGAGAUACAGCGAAGUGCCUAUCAGUUUCCCGAGGUGCGGUCAAGGCAGAAUGGCAGAGACACAGUGCCAGAUGGUGGCAGUGGUGCUCUGCCUCGUUUCAAUCGUGUGGAGGUGGCCAGUAGCAGUGAUUUCCCUCUUGUUCCUGAUGUCAAGCAGAUCGAUGCUGAGAUUGCGGACUUCAUGAAGAUGCUGGAGACUGUGAAAACAGAGUUGUCGGCUAUCAAGGAGGAUAAGUCAAUUGCAUCACUCGAUGAAGUCAAAUUGCUGUUGCAACAUCUGGAGGAUGCGGACGGUAUUCUCCACAAGCUUGAAGCCAGUGCUACUUCUGUGAAGCAGCAAGCGCAGGCCAUCCUUGCCAAAUGUUCCCCAGAGCUUGCAACCGUCAUUGAGACUUUCACCGAGAAGGUGUUGAAGACGUAUGCUGAUCUGGAGGAUGAUGCGCACGCCGAGAAAGCACGCCUGGAGCAGAUCUGCGACCUGCUGGAGGAGCUUAGCGUCCAGGAACGAUGGCUGGAUGUGGCCGAGCAGUGCUAUCCUGUGCAGAGCAACGGGAAAGUGAAGGACACGGAGACUUUAGGCCGUGAGAUUGACGAGCACUGCCCCGAGUUUGACCGCAUGGACGGUCUACUGCCCGAAGUGAAGGCCGGAGUGGACGACAAGAGUAUGACUGCGCUGGAAGAGCAAUUUGCAGCCGACAUGGAGCGCUUUACAAACCUGAGAGUUGCUGCAGGCAAGCUGAGUCCGCAUCUCGCAGCCUAUCUGGCUUCAUGCAGCCAGACCGUUCAGAAAAUGGAGGACAUUGAGGACUCCAUGCUGAAGGAGCCCGAGGAUAUUAGUGCCAUUCAGCCUGCACAUGUAUUAGUGCCACAGCUCAAGAGCGUUGAGCUGAGUGCAAUACCAACACUGAAUGGAGAGAGAGAUGAGCUGCGUGAUGGCCGUGAUCAGCUCGACAAAGUCAUCGUUGCCAUCGAAAGGGUCCAGGCACACGAGGCGUUUGCCGAGGUGGACGACAAGCUGAGCGCGCUGCCUGCAUCCGUGGCAGUGCGUGUGAGCGAGCUUGAUCCGUUCGUUCCAGUUGAGGAAGAGACAGCGCGCCUGGAGGUGGUUGUGGACGGCGCCGAUUCUAAACUCGACGUCCUGGAGAAGCAGGAGGAGGACAAAGCUGACGACAUUCAGAGGUUGAUCACUGAGUUGAACGCUGAGCAAAUGGCGAUUGAGUCCAUGUUCAGCUCCUCAGCUGACCUGAAGGACAAGUACAAUAGCUCACCACGGUCUGUCUUGCUUCAUGAGCGCGCCGAGAAGUUGAAGUUGAACUUCACCCGGGCACUCGAGCGUGCCCAGGACCAGCAGGAUGAACUCUCUGGUGUGUCACUGAAGGAGCUGUUGAAGAAGUGUGAUGACCUACUGGUGAUUGUGGGCAAGCUGCUGGUGUCACUUGGCCAGGAACGUCCUGUUGCCACCGACAUCUCAGUAUUGAAGGAGCAGCGUAAUAACCUACAGGAAGUCCAGCGUAUGGCGGACUCGACGCAGAAUGAAGGAGCAGAGCUGUCUGCGCUCAUCGGUGCCCAGCCCGAGAAAAUCCAGACGGCCAUGCAGGAGAAGCUGGACGAGCUUGACCUGCAGCUCACCAGGCUGCUGGACGCGCAGAUGAAGAGAGAGACAGACCUGGACAGCCAGGAGGAGCAAGCACAGCUGUACAACGACCAGUUGUCUGAGCACGUGGCCUACCUGGAGCAAACGCAAGGCCGUCUCGAAGGCCUCGUCGUAACCGCCGACGACUCCGUAGAGCAGCUGACGCAUGUCCAGCGCGAAACUGAGUCCAUUGCUCAAGAGAUGGCCAAGAAGCGCGUUGAGAUUGACUGCCUGGACGAGAACCUGCAGACGCUGAUGCAAGUGUCCCUGCCUGAAGACUGCGAGGAGACCAAGUCUGGCAUGCGGGAACUGCGCCAGCUGUUCGAUGCCGUCAUGGAGCUGCUGCGUGAUCGCAUUCACACUGCACGCCAGAUAGCCGAGCUUGGCCCUCUCGACCUGUCUGAGCUGAGGGCAGAGAUUGCUGAGCUGCACGACUGGCUGCAGGCUGUUGAAAAGUGGCUUCUUGGCCAGGAAAACGAGUCCGAGACAUUCACCGAUCCCACCAAGGCAGAGCAACAGCGUCAGAAAUACGAGGCUGUGAAAGAUGAUCUCACUGCCAAGCAGCCGACUUUGGAGCAGAUCAAUCGUGAUGUAGCAUUGUUACUAGCACUCAAUCCACCGGAUGAAGACUUGGUAAAACUGGAGGAGUCGCGCAAGUCCAUUGCCAACUACUACGACGAGGUCUGGAAGAUCGUUGACAAACUCCAGCGACUUCUGGAGAAGGCGAUGCCCGAGCAAAUGAUCGGCAUGAGUGAUUGGCUGGUGCGAGUCAACGACUGGCUGCGUGCCCAGAAUCCUGGAGCCGCUAUUGCCAACGGCGCUGAUGACGCCGCCAUCAUGCUGGAGGACUUACGGAAAUGUGAGAUGGACUUGAAUGAUCGCAGUCCCAUCAUGAACAGCAUAACCACUAUGUGCCAGUCACGUCUCACCGACCCGGAGAUGACCGAGGAAGCCAAGGACAUGCUCAGGAAGCAGCUGGACGUCCUGCAGAGCAACUUUGAGAUGACUCUGUCGACCGUGCAGAUGAAGCAAGCGUGGCUGCAGUACUAUGAAAAGCGUGGCCGUAAGGUACGCGAGGCCCUCACCAAGCAUCUUCUCUGGUUCACGGAGCACGAUCAGAACAUCUCCUUGUUCGUCAAUCCAGCUGUUGAUCUUCCUGUUCUUGAGAAGCAGAUCUUAGAACAUGGCGCUUUCAUCGCCUCCAUUCAUCAGGAACAAGCCAACAUCAUCACCCUGAAGCACUUGGCUGUGGUGCUGAUGUUGCAGGCGACAAGCUCAUCAGGUCCAUCUACUGACAGCUCGCCACUGUCCUCGCCAGAAGACACGAGCGACGUGCCAGCCAGCUUCCCGCCGCUGCCGCCGUGCAAGCUGAACGAAGCCAUCACACAACUGAUCUUGCGACUGCAGAGUCUGCUGCAGAAGGCCACCACACAUCAGCACAAGCUGGAUGAUGCUCGGCAGCAGCUCCACGAGCUUCUAGCGUCAAUCGAGAGCUUCUUGGACUGGAUCAAGGCAACAGAGGAGAAGAUCAGUGAGCCGGUCGGUGAGCGCAGUGAGAUCCUCGUCUUGCAGAAGCAACUGGAGACUUGCUUGAAUAUCAAGGCCGAGCUACCUGCGCAGAAGACAAACUUGCAGCAGAUUGAUAGCAACUGCAAUGAAUUCCUGGACUCCUCCAAUGGUCCCGAUCAGAACUCAUCGUUCAUGAAGAGCAGGGCUAAUUUGGACAACGAGUGGAAGCAGCUCCUGGUCAAGCUGGAGACUCGGCAGGCUGAGAUCGAGGAGCGUAUGAAGGGUACGUCUCCCGGUGCCAUCCAGUUUGCCACUGACCAUGCGCAGGCGCUACAGUGGAUGAUCUACACGGAGGACCAGUUAUCCAUGGCCGUCGCUGUGAAUGCUGACUUGCCUGCUCUGCAGGAGCACAACAAACAACACAUGGAGAUCGUGCAGCGUAUCCCCCAGCGCCAGGCUGAGGUGGAUGCAUUGCACUCACAGGGUGAAGGACUCUUGGCUGGUGGUCAGCUCUCGUCUGAAGACCGUGCGUCCGUUGAGAACCAGAUGUCGUCGCUCGACUCCCACUGGGAGCGCAUCCUGACAGAUUCGUCCACAAAGACGAAGGAGCUCUCCGCCGGUCUUGUGGUAGUCAAUGAUGUGUAUGAUGAGUUGAAGAACUUCAAGGAGUUCAUUCUGGAUGCUGAAGACACUCUAGCCUGUGCUGAUACCAUUGGUGGCAAGAACUCUGAGGAGCUGCAGGAACUGAUGGCCGCCGUUGCUGAGAGGCAGCCAGCGUUUGACGAUCUACUGCAGAACGGCGAGAAUCUGGUCAGGGCAGACACUGAGAUUGCGGCAUCCAGUGCUCUCAAGCUGGAGUUGUUCCAAGUGGAGAAUCGCUGGAAGUCUAUCAGGCUACGCCUCGCCAAAUGGGCCAAGCAGCUUGGAUUUGACAAGGAUUUCUACAAGAUGCUGGCUGAUCUGUUGGCAUGGCUGUCGGCAGCUGAGGACAGCGUGACCAUGCCCAACCCGUCGGUAACGCAGAGUGCUGCCAUCACCGACAUGCUCAACAAUCUAUCUGAGUUGAGACAUUCUCUGGACCACACACAGCGACCGUUGCUAGCUGAGGCGCAGAGUGCCCAAGCACAGAUGCAGGUGAACGCCCGUGACGGUGGUGACGAGGAGAAGGAACAGGCUGACCAUGCCAAACGGGAGGUGACCGAUGUCAAGGGUCGUCUUGACACUCUCGCACACGACCUCGACGCAAAGAUCAUCAGCUUAAAACCCGAGCCCCAUGUCAUGAUGGAGAGAGUGGAUCAGGUGGAGAGCACGUGGGACUUUGACCAGUUCAUGAAAAGCUCCAGCCAAGGCGCAGGUGCAGGCGCAGGUGCUGAUGCCGACGAUAUCGACUCUUGGCUUGCAUCUGCUGAGAAGCUUAUUGGGCGCCCGCCGCCUGUCUACUCUGUGGAGGCGUUAUCUCUAAGACUGUCAGAACUCGAGAAACUCUGUCGUGAAGUCAAGGAGAAGCGUCCGCAACUCUCCUCUGGAGGAGAGGAGGUACGUGAUCAGCAGGGUGGGGAGCGUACGCGCCAGCGUUUCAACGAUGUUGACCUGAAAUCGCGUGCACUGGAGGCCGAGACUGGCGACAACCUGCGCAACCUGAAGAAGCUGGAGGUGGACACGCGCCAAGUGGAGUUCUGGCUCACCGACGUCACGCCCACUGCCGAUCUUGUGGCCAGCGGCGAUUCCAUUGAUGGGCCAGCCCAGAAAGAUGUGGACGUGGCUCGCCAGCAAUUGCCAAACUACCAGAUGCUACUAGCUACCACUACAGUUGGUGCUGAGCUGCUGGAGGCAGAUGAAGUUGACGGUCCCGAAGGCUCUAGCUCCCUCAGUCACAUGCUGAGAAACCUGCGACGGCUCAGUGAUGAUAUGGCCAUUGUUGCUGAAAAGCUUCUUGGUGCCAGCGAGAGCAAGCUUGAGGAGAUUGCCUUGUUACUUGGCUACAUUGAUGAUGAGCAUCGGAGACUGAUGAACUGGCUAGCUGACCUUCAGGUUGUCCUGAAGCAGCCCAUGCAAAGUGGUGACGUCAUUGACUACGUGGCCAUUGAAGCGGCUAUCAGAAGUGCUAAUGAAAUAAGCACAUCGCUGGAGGACACCAACCGCCCCAAGCGUCUCAACUUCACGGCCAAGUGCGACGAUGCCAUCUCACAGUUUGGAGGCAGCAGCGACGGCCAUGACGUGACGCAGAAGCGUGAUGAGGUGAACACAACGUGGGACGAGACCAUUGAGAUGUGUCGACGUCGUCUAGAUGAUUUGCUGCGACUGCAGACUGAGGUUCCAGUCAUUGCACCCAUGGAAGGCAUGCCACCGCCACCACCUGCUGCCCGCGAUGCAUCUGCUCAAGAGCUCCUAGACUGGCUCAAUUCAUUCGAUGUCCCCAAGGCUGUGGUCGGCGAUGCGGAGAACUGUAAACGCGUGGCAGCUUAUGUUGAGGCCGUCAAUAAGUACCUUGCAAUGAAGAGUGCCAACUACUUGAAUGCUACCGACGAGAGUGUGGAAAGCGAUGCAGACAGGGUUGCUGAAUUGACCAGCAAGUGGUCGCAGACUCAGGAGAGCGCCAAGGAGCUGGCUGAUACACUACCCAAACUGACCGAGGAGAGCAACGACUUUGAGGACAAGUACCAGCCGCUGUUUGACAGGCUGACUGCUGCGCAGGUGUUGGUGACCGGCCCUGUGCAAGCGGAUGAUGUCGACUACGCAUCCAGUGCAGUCAUGGAUAAGCUCAAGCAGUGCAAGGAGGUGCAGAGCUGUGACUGGCAGCUUGAAAUCCUGCCGGUGCACCAGGAGGGCGAGUUGCUGGCGCAGCGCUAUGACCGAGUGCAGAGCUGCACGACGCCGCCACUGCGACAGCGCUUGCAGCAGCUGGCCGCAUUGCUGACGGUGGUUGAGUCUACUUGUCCUGUGUACCGUCAAUCCUUGCUAACUACCAUUGACACAUGGAACGAGGUGGACACCAACGAGGCUCAGCUGGCACCUAUCCUGCAAAGCGUGGAAGAAUCCAAGUCUCUGGCCGAGAAACUGCCUGCUGAUAAAGCUGGUGUUGAGGAGCAGUUCCAAGAAAUUGAGCUCCUAUCCGCCAAGAUCAAGGGCGUGGAAGUUCUUUCUGAAAGAUUCCUCCCACUGUACCAGAUCCUCUGCAAGCAUUACCCACCGCUUAGUAUUGACCCGCUUCAUCCCAUCAUUGAACGCAACUAUGACAGGCAUGGGGCGUGCAAGAAGCGCGUUGAUACACGGUUGAAGGAGAUUGACCUGGCCAUGCUGUGGCAUGACAAGAUCUUGGACCGUUUGAAGAAGACCUUGCUGUGGAUUGACGAACGGCAGAAGCUGCUGGACACCUGUGGAAAGCGCGCUACGUUUGACGACGUCGACAUGGUGUGGGAGAAUAAGCAGCAUCCGGAUCAAAUUGAAAUGGUGACGCAGCAAGAGCCAACCAUCGAGAAAACCAUCGCAUCCGCCGACCGCUACCUGAAGCUGGGAAGACAAUCGCUUCAGGCCGAAGAGGAUGAUGACAAGGCUGCAGCAUUGGCCAGACCUGAAGGGAUGGACAAAGAAUACCUGAAUGAUGUGGAGUUCCAUGUUGGUGUGGCUGGUAGAGCCUGGCCCAAGCUGAAACAUGAUGUCAAGACCUGGGACGACGCCAUGCACAGAGCACGCCGUCUGCACGGAGACUUCAUGCCAAACAUGAGGAAGUUUGAAACCCAGCUUAGCAAGGCCGAGCAGGAACUGGCCCGGCAGGAUGAUCCCUCCACUCGGGACAAGAACAAGUUGCAUGAGCAGAUGGCACAGCACGAGGAAUUUGAAGGCGAGGUGGGCGACCUGCAGAACCUGUGUGACGUAAUGGACCAGCUGUACCAGCCACUGCCCGCCGAUCACAUCAAGUUUGCUGAUGACCUGCAGAAGCACUACGACGACCUGCACAGGCGACUGCAGGCGCUCAAGGAAUCAGUGGAGCGACGCGGCAAGCUGCUGAAGAUGGCCGAGGAUAGGCUCAACCAGCCGGACGCAUGGUCGCCUGAACAAAAUCUUCCGGGCAACUGGGUGCGUGCGGAGAAUGAAAAACUGGUUCCUUUCUUCUUUGAUACGGAGCACUGCGUAGCACAAUGGGAGCAUCCAGUCCUACAUCAGUGGAGACUGACCCUAUCCAGUCAAAACUACUGUCACUUUGCAGCGUAUCGUGCUGCCCUGAAGCUUCGUGAACUGUGCCGCAAGACUAGCUUGAACAGCUGUCCAUUCCAUGUUGUACAAGAAGUGAUCCAUGAACGUGGACUGGAGCAACAGAACGAUACCUACAUCAAUGUUCUCAGUGCUGGAAACACCCUCUCACUGCUCUAUAAGAAGCUGGAGGAGGCCGGGGUGGACAGGAUCAACAAUGAUUCCAGUACCGAUAUCCUGCUCUCAUGGAUAUUCUCCGUGUUUGAUAUCAAUCGCUCCGGUCAAAUCCGUGCUGCCGCGAUGAAGCUCUUCCUAGUGCUGAUGUGCAACGGACAGGCAGCAGAAAAGAUCAAGUGGCUUGUUUGCCAGCAAGUUGAUGGGCUUGGUUAUCUUGAGCGGCGCGCUGUGUCGAAUGUCCUCUAUGAUGCCAACAUGCUGACGAAGUUUGUGUUUGAGCUGGCACAUUUCAGCAACACGGUUGUUGAGCAGGCAGUGGACGACUGUUUCCGGCAGGGAGCCAAGAGCACGCGUGCUAUUCGCCCAUCUGCUCUUGCCAAGUGGCUCUCCAUGCAGCCACGUGUGCUCAGCUGGCUCUGGGCCAUGGAGAAGCUCAACAAGUCAGAGCUUGUCAAUCAUGACAUAGACUGUGUCCUGUGCAAUCAGCCGAUCCGUGGACUGCGCUAUCGCUGCAAGAAGCACACGUCAGACAACAUAUGUCAGGACUGCUUCUGGGAGGGUCGCACCAAUCAGCAGCACAAAAGCUAUCACCUUGUCCAAGAAUACACCUCACAGGCCAGUGUAAGUGAGCGGAUGCGUGAUGUGACACAGAGCUUCAAGAGGAAGGGGCGCACUAGUCUGCACAAGGAAGGCAUCGACGAGAGCAGGGACUUCAAUGUUCUGCAGUUUGUUGCCGACGCCGACCACACUGAUCUGCCUAAGAUGUUGACAGAAGCGUUCAUGGAGGUCUAUCCUGCUGCGGCUGCUCCCCAAAGGUCCAGCAGUCCAGCUCGUCUCCGUUCCGAGUCACCAAUCAGCCCUACAUCCAGGCAGUCUGAGCCGGUGACACCAGGAAAGAAGUCUGCAGUGAAAGACAGUGUUUUACUGGCGUGUUUGGACGAGGAUGCAAAACAUCUUCAAAUGCUGAUUGACCAACGCCAGAGAUUGAUGGACUCGCUGACAGCCGUGGGGUUCAUCAUCCAGAACUCAUCUCGCCUCCAGCAGCUGAUCCACGACCAACUGACGGAGGAGAUAUCCGUGCUAGAACAUCACCACGCCAAGGCUGUAGCCGCGUUGGAUAGCGCUAAAGCCAAGUCGGGUGGUUACCGACCAGGCCACCGCGAUUUCCCUGACAGUCCUUCGCCAGUGGAAGGCGGACAGACACCAUCUCCACGGCCAGACUAUCCCAUCUUCGACCUUCUGGACGUGUUCUGUACACAAGUGUCCUCGUCACUCACGGAUUCUUCCAGCACUUUCAUUCCUAUGCAUGAGAGCUAUGACAGCCUGUGCAAUGGACUAGCCGAGGCAGCAGAGGCAAUGUCUGGCAUUGCUAGAGUGGCCAACACUGCGGCAGCCAGCGCAAGCACGGCUGGUCUGAAUCAGACGGACAGUGGUAGCGGCGGAGCACAGCCAAGUCGUUACUACGUCAGCGAGUGUGGCGGCAGCAACAGCAACGCCAAGAACGACCCGCAGCGUAUUCAAGUUGGCCGCGAGCCUCCGCGGCAGCCGUGGCGCGCCAAGUUCACGUUCAUGGCCUUCCCCAAGGAGAUUCCGGGCACGCGCAAGAUCUUCGUGCUCAGAGCUGAAAACCCAACUCGCUUCCGGCUGUCCUUACGCAACCAGUUUGGCAGGUGGAAAGACGUGUUCUCAUUCCAUGCGUACGGCUCGCCGCAGGCAGGCCGCCAGCCCGUAUUCGUUUCGACCCGCGGCACGGAGGAUUCCGUGAGCGACCCGCUCCGCUUCCUGCUCUCUGAAAACGAGACCGAUCGGAACGCUGCAGUGCAGCAUGGCUGGGCCGCGUCGUUCACUUUCUACGUACCUUCAGAUCAAAUUGGUGCUUCACCAUCACGACAGCAGCAGAAUGGACAUCUGAGUGGAGAUUCCACCAGCGCGACCGUGGCUACCAUCUCUCCCGUGAACCUGGCGUCCAAAGCUCCAAAGGUGUUCUAAUGUCUGUACACCGGGCAUUGUCGCUGAUUAAAUAAGUCGAUUGCCCAUUUUCUAUAGUCCUGUGUGAAGAACGCGCACUACCAUCAUGAACAUCAAGGCACUCAUGCUUUCCUGGUCAGUUACUGUGUGCAUCGCUUACUGUCACAGUCUAGCUCGUGCGCGCAGUACACAUACACACUCUCUACAUCCGUCCAUGAUUCUAGGCCUGUCUUGCGUACUUUCGAAAGUAUCUUCAUCUCGUAAACCGAUCUGCUUUUCAUGAAGCUCAUUGCUAGACACCGGGACUGCCUGCUUCUCUUUGUCAACAGAAACGUUUUGACAUUUAGGUUUGUUGAUAUGCAUUUUCGUUCUCUUGGCUAUUUCUAGAAAAGGAGUCAUGUUUAUGAGCUCAUCCAUGAUUAGAAUCUCGCCUAACGUUGCCAUCUGCUAAGGGUAAUAUAAGAACGAUGCGUACCCCGUCAGAUUAUAUUAGUGACUAGUAUUGCAUUCUUCUGCUGGGACUUCCCCAUGUUUGCUUCUAAAACUAAAGCUGUUGCGUCUGCCAACCUCAUCUUGUAUUCGAACUGCCUUACAGACUUCUAGUUCUACAACUAGGCUGAUCACAUGUGUAAGAAAACGAAUUGCUUUGCUUGAA